GCCUCCGGAGGGGCCGCGCAGCUGGAGCGACCGAGCGGUGCCAGGCCAGGUGUGCGCGUCCGUCGGUCCUUCCGUGCCCGCGCCGGAGACCAGCCUCGGAGGCCGCCGGGCCCGUCCCUGUGCCCGGCACCAUGAAGCAGGAGUCCACAGCCCAGAACACCCCGCCCGCCUCGCCGCCCCUCUCACCAGCCCCCUCGCCACCCGCGCAGCAUCCCCGGGAUGACGGCGACCCCCAAGCACUGUGGAUUUUCGGGUACGGCUCCCUGGUGUGGAGGCCCGACUUCGCCUACAGCGACAGCCGUGUGGGCUUCGUGCGUGGCUACAGCCGCCGCUUCUGGCAGGGAGACACCUUCCAUCGGGGCAGUGACAAGAUGCCUGGCCGUGUGGUGACCCUCCUUGAAGAUCAUGAGGGCUGUACUUGGGGUGUGGCAUACCAGGUUCGAGGUGAGCAGGUGAGCGAGGCGCUGAAGUACCUGAACGUGCGGGAAGCAGUGCUUGGCGGCUAUGAUACCAAGGAAGUCACCUUCUACCCCCAAGAUACCCCUGACCAACCACUCAAGGCAUUGGCUUACGUGGCCACCCCCCAGAAUCCUGGUUACCUGGGUCCUGCCCCUGAGGAGGCCAUUGCAACACAGAUCCUGGCCUGCCGCGGCUUCUCGGGCCACAACCUCGAGUACUUGUUGCGCCUGGCGGACUUCAUGCAGCUCUGUGGGCCCCAGGCACAGGAUGAGCACCUGGCUGCCAUCGUGGACGCUGUGGGCACCAUGCUGCCCUGCUUCUGCCCCACCGAGCAGGCUUUGGCACUGGUCUGAGGGGCUGAGCCCCUGCACAGAGUGUCCACAUAGACAUGGGUCCAAGUCCCCAUGCCUGUGCACACAGUGGACUUGAUAGAGCUGGAGCCCGCUGGAAGGACUUGGUGGACAGCUGGGAGCCUCUCUCCUAAGCCCCUGCCUGUCCCACCAGCCUCCAGCUCUCCUGCCUGACACUGACUACUUGAAACUAUUUAUUGCACCAUGUUGGUGUGGUGGGCAGGUGGGGGGCCUGCCCCAGACAUAGGGGCCCUGCUGAGCAGUGCCCCACCUCAGGCACCUGGUGCCUGGCCCAAUUCCCCCCAGUGCUGCUGCUAACCCCAUACCACCCAGGCCUCUGCCUCCCAUCCCCAGUCCAACCACUCCUCAGCCCUGGAAAUAGAGGACAUGUGAAAAGUCCCAGCCUGCUGGGAAGGGGAGGGGUGGAGGGGUGGGGGUGAGGAUUAGGGAGACUUAUGAGAACUGAGACACUUGCGGGUCCUGUUGAUCCCCGCCCUUUCACCCCCCCCUCCCCAGGUUUCCAGGGCAGAACUGGAUCUGGAGCCCGGGCAUAACUGCUGAGGCUGGGCCUGGGCCUCUGAGCCAUUUGGCUGUUUCCUGUCCCUCUGUCUGCUUGUCUUCGUGUUGGUCUGUUCCAAGGGAGCUCAUCACUAUGGGCCCUGGUACCUUCCCAGUCUGUCCCACACUGUUAUCCAUAAACUGAUCUCUUAUUA